AUGAGUUCUUGCGCCACUGGCCCAACGCUCUUCAGGUCUUGGUUCUCGUGGUUUAGAGGGUCUCUACUCCUCCGAUUGGUCGGCCUACCCACAGCGCUUCUAGCCCUUUAUCUCGAAGUCUACGGCAGCUCUCCAGCCGCCGCCUCGCUUAUUCUUCACCGACUCGCUCGCCGCGCUCGUCUCUCAACCAUUCUCUGUACUCUCAAGGAGGGACAGUAUACGAGCAAUUCCAUCUUCUACCUUGGAGGAGCAGACUCCAUGGACAGAGCACAGACACCGACAACCCUGCAUGACAAAGGGGCGGACCCGUCAUCCCAGUCGACAUUAAUAUCUCCCGACGCCCCCAACUCGAACACUUCUUUUCAACCCUCACCAACCAAGACGAUGCCGUCGCAUUCUCGGUCCAAGACGGUCGACGUCGUUGGCCAAGGCAAACGCCUAUCGCUGCAGUUCCCCAUCCAGCCAAGCGCAAGCAUCAGUUCCCCGACCUCGUCGACACGAUCGCGCCCACAAUCAUGGAUGAAUGGAGCAACGUCUGUGCAUUCACCAGAGCCUGAGGAUGCCACCUCCGAGACAAACAUCAUGGCGGUUCUUGCUGCUCAAGAGCGCUAUGUGCUCGAACUGAAGGAAGAGCUGACAAAAGCCGAGGCGGAUUUGAACAUGCUCAAGACACAUUGGACCCAUCACGAAGCUAACAAGCGUCGCAACGAGGUGCGCAAGGUUGCUGCGCUGCAACCACUGGACACGUCGCUUGCCAAUACUCCAGCGGGCCAAUAUGAGGACGAUGGUUCAAACCUGUGGAUGCAGAAAGAGAUGGAGCGUAGAAGGGCCUUGCUGAACCCCACCAAGACGUCCCAAAGAAAGGUUUUCAGCGGUUCGCGACAUCUACGAACGCUAUCCCUGCUUUCCCCCGAUCGUCUCCAGUCGCCGUCACUCCCCCAGUCACUCGAUUUACAGGAUGACCACUCUUCCGACUCUCGACCACAGCUCCCUAUGAGGGCUUCCACUUCGUCAGAUAUCACACGACAAGUCGUCAACGCUGGUGAACAUGACCGGUAUGACAUGGGUGGCAUGCCAACGAUACAGCGUGAACAGCUCAUCCGCGCCGGCACACAGAUGGCGGCAGACUUCAAGAAGGGGCUGUUUACAUUUAUGGAGGAUAUCCGACAAGCAACUGUGGGCGAUGAGGCUGUCAACACGGCAGAAGGUAACACUGGCAUGACAAGUGUCAAGAGCCUUUCAAAGUCUGGCCGGAAAUCGUCCGACGGCCGCCCAACCCUUAGUCGAUCCGCCAGCUCGAAGAAAAACACCCAACAGCUAGGAUCCAUCGGCGACGACUUCUGGAAGGAGAUGGGUCUAAGCGAGCCCAAGACCACUGCGGUCAACAAGAAGACGCACGCUCUCAGGAACACAAUUACCCCGCAAAAACAGAUCCGCAAAGUUGCAUCAGAGGAAGAUUGGGACAACUGGGACACACCAAACGAGUCACUCCUCGUCGAUUUGGGAGAGUCCAAGGACAGCUCAGACGAAUCGGAUGCGCAGACAUCGCCGGUCUCUGGUCCAGGUAGCUCGCGAACAAGUACCAGCACCAGGUACCACUCGAAACGUCACGACUCCAAAGCAUCAUCGCUUACCUCGAUUACCCAAGAAGACAUGGCUCCUCGAGACCAAAAGCGCAGCUCCAUCCCUUGGCCUGAUAUGACCAAAGUGUCGCCAAGCAACUUGAAGCGUACCGCAUCGCAUCUGAUGAGGGAAUGGGAGAAGCAACUCACGCCACCCCCGGAGUCGAGGACUGAGGACUACUCGCACGGCGAUUUUAUGAACUGA